GGAAUCGAACCCCCGGCGGGUCGAAUCCGAAACCGCAAUGGCAACGACCCAGGUUACCACUACCCCAUUAAUGCUGUGUUAAAGUUGUACAACCACCAAUUACUAUCCUUGCAUGACUUUUGGAAGCAGGCGAAUUCGGCACUCUAUCCUGUUCGAGUAGUCUGGAAAGAAAAAGCCUUAGAGAGCCAGAGUCUGACGUCCAGCGCUUAUUCGACAAUCUUAUCAAGCGCUUGAGCCUUUUUCACUUCUACUCGAACGAAAUUCUGUCGAGAGGCUACUGUACGGAAAUCCAGGAAUCCCAAGGAACAUGGAAACUCCUAUAGGGUGGAAAUGUUGCGAACAACUCUUUGAAUCGAAGUAUGCAAGGCCUUUGGAAAAGGAAUAACAUGAAAAGUACCAAAAUCAACCUGAAUAAUUCGAGUCUGAAUGCUACUCCUUCGACUACGACGACUCCUACAACGGAGGAACCCCCAGCCAAUCAGAGUGCGAAUCAAACAAUCUCAACUCUGGUGGAAGCUCCUGAAGAUGGUGCUGUUCCCCUGAUUGUUAACGGAAAACGCAAGAUUCGUUCAUCACGAACAACCGACUCCGAAAGUAAACGACAAAAGGUUUCCACAACCGCGAAAACCACAUCUAAAGAUUACACUCCUCCCUCUACUCGACUCUCUGAUCUGGGUGGUGUCGAUGCUUGUAUCGAGAAAAUGCUUGAAUAUAUCGCUAUGCCAUUGUGUCAUCCAGAAAUCUACUUGCAUACCGGUAUACAACCUCCGAGAGGCGUACUGUUACAUGGUCCACCAGGGUGUGGUAAGACGAUGUUAGCGGGUGCCAUGGCUGGGGAGUUAGGUGUACCAUUCAUCAAUAUCUCCGCACCGUCGAUAGUCUCUGGGAUGUCGGGAGAGUCAGAGAAGACACUUAGGGAUGCGUUCGAAGAAGCCAAGCGCCUCGCACCAAGUCUAUUGUUCAUCGACGAAAUUGACGCCGUCACUCCCAAACGUGAAAGUGCCCAGAGAGAAAUGGAACGGAGGAUCGUGGCUCAGUUCCUUACUUGCAUGGAUGAACUAUCCUGGGAGAAAACCGAGCACAAACCUGUCAUAGUAAUCGGUGCAACAAACCGACCGGAUUCGUUAGAUGCUGCGUUGAGGCGAGCAGGGAGGUUCGACCAUGAGAUAAGUAUGGGUGUACCUGACGAUGAAGCUAGGGAAAAAAUUCUCCGGGUCCUCUCUUCCAAACUCCGACUUGAAGGUAACUUCGACUUCACCGCUCUAGCUAAAGCCACACCAGGAUAUGUAGGCGCGGAUUUAUCGUCGCUCACGGCUGCGGCGGGAAUUAACGCUGUGAAAAGGAUUUUCAAACAGUUGGGGGAUAUACCGCUAAAUGGUAUCCCGGACGUUGCACUCCCUGUCAUAACGACUGUCGUGGAGGAAGGGGAGGAAGUAGCAACGGCUGAGGUAGAGAUGUCAACUGACGAGUCUAACGAGGUCAUGAUGCAGAUCGAUAUUGAUCAGCUAGUUGAAGGGGGAGAUGCCGUCGCCUCGCAGCCAGAACCAGAAUCAUCAUCCUUAUCUUCAUCUUCGAAAUCCAAUAUCUCCUUCCCUUCAACCUUCGGACCCAUCGCUCUCUUCCUCAACGCCCACCCUACCCCCUUGACCCCCUCCCAACUCUCUCCAUUAUGCAUAACCUCCUCCGACUUCCACCUCGCCCUCACCCAAAUUCAACCUUCCUCCAAACGCGAAGGGUUCGCUACAGUCCCCGACGUCACCUGGUCCGAUGUCGGAGCUCUCCAUAACCUCCGGGAGGAGCUGAAUAUGGCUGUGGUUCAGCCUAUAAAAUAUCCCGACCUCUUCCGCGGGGUGGGGAUCGACGCUGCCUGUGGGGUUCUGCUCUGGGGUCCACCAGGGUGCGGGAAGACGUUGCUAGCAAAGGCGGUAGCUAAUGAGAGUCGAGCAAAUUUCAUCAGCGUUAAAGGCCCGGAACUUUUGAACAAAUAUGUUGGUGAAUCCGAACGCGCCGUGCGUCAAUUGUUCUCCCGCGCACGCGCUUCCUCCCCUUGUAUCGUAUUCUUCGACGAGCUUGAUGCUCUGGUUCCUCGGAGGGACGAUUCCUUAUCGGAAUCCUCUGCACGAGUGGUUAAUACCCUCCUAACGGAACUCGAUGGUCUCGACUCACACAAUGCAAGGAAGGCUGUAUACGUAAUCGCCGCAACGAAUAGACCGGAUAUGAUUGAUCCUGCGAUGGUCAGACCAGGGAGGUUAGAUAAGUUGUUAUAUGUGGAUCUGCCGACUGGGGAGGAGAGGGUGGAGAUCGUUAGGACAUUGGUUAGGGGGGUGCCGCUGGAGGUGGGCGGUAACAUCUCUGGAGCUCAUAGGUUAGAUGAGGCCGAUAUCACUGCUGGAGAGGGACUGGGUUCAGGAGGGUCCAGGGAACGAGCGCUGGGAUUCAUAGAGGACUUCAUCAGAGGGGGGAAAUGCGAUGGGUACAGCGGAGCAGAUCUCAAAGCAUUGGUGCGAGAAGCUGGUGUCAUCGCAUUGAAGAGAACAUUGGGUUUGUUGAACAAUUUGGGAAUGAAGGGAGUGCUAGAUACGCAAGCUACCGAGCCGGUGACAACCCCGACCGUAUUCGUCCAAGACACUGAUUUCAUCCAAGCACAAGAAAAGGUCUAUCCCAGUGUUAGCUUGGCCCAAAGGAGGAAGUAUGAAAUCUUGAGGUCGAAGAUGAGUGGGCUUCCAGUGCUUCCUGCAAGAGUCGGGAGAGUUGAAAAUGAGGGGGAGGGGAAUGGGGGUAAUGGCUCACUAACAUAGCUAUGUUCUAACCACUUCAUA